AGCGUAUAGCAGCGCGUUCAUUCAUGGCCACAUCAAUAUCAAUCUAUAUUAAUGCACUUCCUCGAAAUAAAAGCCACUAGAAAAGUUGCCAUAUGAUUAUUCUUGUUUUGAAAAAUUUAGAAAAAAAUCCACUGACAUAUAUUCUGGGACUGAUGAUUGAAAUUAUUGGUAUAUUCACGCACCACUGAUAGUCAAAUUGAUAUGUCAUAAGCCGAACGUUUUUUGUUCUAUAUGUAAAUCGUCAUCUCUACGCUUCAAUGUCGACAGAAUUAGAAUACUUAAGUAUUGUUGUAUUAUUAUAUUGUCGUAAUGAUCGAAUUUGUAUUUAGGCGAGACGACUUUCGUAUUUUUUGCACCUUCGCUUUUGUCUUGCAUUCUUUUUUUGCAAUCCGUGAUAUCCGCCGAACGUUUGUCUUAUCAACGACGUCUUCUCAUACAUGUUAUACUAUAUGGUACAUGUGUGAAACCAAAUUGAUGAAAAUAGUAGCCACAGACGUACCAGUUAAGAACACUUUAAAACUGUUUCGCUGCUCUGAAACGAAUCAGUUAAUCGGAGAUAUUGUUUGUGUGAAGUUAUAUUCAUUCUAAGUUGUUCGCUAAUAUAUUUACACAAUAUAUAAAUUCAUAACAAAAAUAUUGUCUGGAUACGCCGCAUUUUCAAUAACAAAAUGAGGCUUCCCAUCUCAAUUAUCAUUUUCCAAUUAUUUGCAUUGACCAAUGCAUUUAAAAUAUUAUAUUUGGUGCCAUUUGCUGCACCGUCCCAUUGGUUUUGGCUCAACAAUUUUUCUGAAGAACUUCUUAAGCGUGGCCAUGAUGUCACCGCAGUCACGAAUUAUAGAAGGUCCCAUCCCCAUCCAAACUAUACAGAAAUAAUCAUCAAUCCGCCGUACAAUUUUUCAGAUUUUCCACCAUCGGAUUUUUUCGGAAUGAAGUUUGAUAGUGUUCUGAACAAUUUAUUUUUGACUUGGGAUGUUGGCAUUAAGAGCACAGAACAUGCAAUUCGAGACAAACAAGUAGCAGCGUUAAUAAAUCGAAGAGAUCUUCAAUUUGAUGUUGUUAUACUUGAACAGUUUUUCCAUGACAGUUGGCUUCCGUUCGCACCAUUGUUUAACGCCCCCUUGCUCACUAUCGCAACCCUUGGGCACGCUGACUAUUUUGACAAUGCAAUGGGACUACUUACACCUAGCUAUGUGCCGCAUCAUGUUCUCACAUUUACGGAUAAUAUGACAUUUUUCGAGCGUUGCGAAAAUCUGUUCUGGAGGCUAGCCGAUGUUUUUUUCCGAAAAUAUUACUACAUGGCUAAAAUGCAGGAAAUGGCAGACCAACAUUUUGGACACGCAUUUAAUGGAAAUGUGCCAUCCAUUUUAGAAAUCGAGAAAAACAUUUCAUUCCGGAUAAUAAAUGCACAUCAAAGCAUGUCAUUCGCGAGGCCAAUGAUGCCAGGCCUUACUUAUGUAGCUGGGAUCCAUAUCAAGCCACUAAGUCCGCUUCCAGCUGAUGUUCAAGAGUUCCUCGAUAACGGAUCUGAACAUGGUGUAAUUUACUUUAGUUUUGGAUCUUGCAUACGUAGCGUCGAUCUGCCAACAAGUAAGCUGCAUGCAUUUAUAGAAACAUUUCGCCUGAUGAAACAAAAAAUUCUAUGGAAAUUCGAGAAUGAAACACUACCAAAUAUGCCACCGAAUGUUAUGAUACGAUCUUGGCUUCCACAAAACGAUAUACUCGCCCAUAAAAAUGUUAAACUAUUUCUAACCCAUGGAGGUAUAUUCGGAACUCAGGAGAGUGUUCACUGGGCGGUACCAAUGGUCUUCAUACCCAUCUAUUCGGAUCAAUUUAGGAACGCAAAACGAUGUGUCGAUGCUGGAUUUGCUGAAAUGCUUAGUUUCCACGAAGUAUCUGUACAAACCGUUUACGAAAAACUGAAUAUGGUUUUGAACGAAAAGAGAUACACCGACCAAGUUAAUCUAGUCUCUCAACAAUUCCGUGACAACUUAGUGGAUCCGAUGCAAGAAUCAAUGCAUUGGAUUGAAUUCGUUGCUCGCCACAAAAAUAACUAUCCCAUCUUCAAGCCUAAUGCUCCAAACGUGUCUUGGUAUUCAUACCUUUAUUUGGACAUCACUUUCGUUUUUCUAAUCACACUCUAUACCAUGUUUGCACUAACAAAAUAUGCACUGAAACGAGUUUGGCAACGAUUUGAUGGUGAUCAGAACCAAAAGCAGAAAGUUAACGAAAAUGAAGAGAAAUUGGCAGAUAAUGUUCAGGAAGUCUUGGACAGUGCAUUACAAGGAGUAAUUUAUGUGAGAAUUGGCACACAUCUUCCGAUUGAAACGCAAGACAAAUUGAUCGAAACAUUCCGAGACAUGAAUCAAAAAUGCAUAUGGGACGGCAUUUUACCAUCCGAUUCUAAUUUCAUUAUUUGUAACAAUUCACCCAGCCGACUAAUUUUAUCCCACAAGAAUACCAGCUUGUUAAUAACUGAGGAUGAUACGGUAGCAAUAAAGCAAGCACUUCACUAUGGUAUUCCAAUGCUAAUAAUACCGUUUCAAAAUAACGAGCUUCAUUCCAUCGUUAAGUAUACAGCUUUGGAGAGCAUCUUCACGAUACGAGCAGAUGAAAUAAAUCAAAAGACGCUAAAGCAAAAACUCACCAACAUCCUGAACAAUAAGAAUCUCAAGUCACAUGCAAAAGAAAUUGCUGGUCUCCUUCACCAUAAUUCAAUGAAUUUGUCAAAGGAUUUGGCAUUGGCCAAGGAAGGUCUUUUCAACGCAACCAUGGCGUACAGUCGACGAGUGUACAAGAGAGAGGUGGAUGCUGCCGAGACAGCCAACGUUACUCCCACAUACGAAACACAUAUCUUUAAUAGACAUAGUAAAAAUCACUCUAGCACAACCGCAUCAAAUGAACUUGAAAAGGCAACUACAGAGAUCGCAACGACGACCAAAACGUUAUAUGCAAAGAUUGAUCAGAAGGUUAACAAGGGCUUUGAUAAGGCAGCUGAGAUGUCAAAACUACCCAAAUGGGGUGUGGUGGCGAUCUUCAUAGGCAUUACAAUACUUAUAUUGGGACUCCUGUUCCUAUGCGUUCGACGAUUUUUCCGGAAAAGACGAGGAAAGGAUGGCAAGAAGGGCAUGAAAGGAGUGGAUCUUAAAUCGGUACAGUUGCUUGGCUCAGCGUAUAAAGAAAAGGUGCAACCUGAUAUGGAAGAAUUAACAGAAAACGCCGAAGAGCCGGACGAAGGUGAAAGUAAACAUAGUGAACAAAAAUUGGGCAAAUUACAAUACAAGUUGGAGUAUGACUUUAAUUCCAAUAGCCUUAACGUAACUGUUCUACAAGCUGAAGAGUUACCUGCUCUGGAUAUGGGAGGUACAUCGGAUCCGUAUGUUAAAGUCUACCUAUUGCCAGAUAAGAAGAAGAAAUUCGAAACCAAAGUUCACCGAAAGACGCUUAAUCCAGUUUUCAACGAAUCAUUCGUUUUUAAGAAUCUUCCCUACGCUGAAGCUAUGAACAAAACGCUCGUUUUUGCAAUUUUCGACUUCGAUAGAUUCUCGAAACACGACCAGAUCGGAGAAGUAAAGGUGCCAUUGUGUCAGAUCGAUUUGGCACAAACGAUCGAAGAAUGGCGCGAAUUGCAGUCCGUCGAAGGUGAAGGUGGUCAGGAACAGUUGGGAGACAUCUGCUUCUCACUGCGUUAUGUACCUACAGCUGGAAAACUUACAGUUGUUAUUUUGGAAGCUAAAAAUUUGAAGAAAAUGGAUGUCGGCGGAUUAUCUGAUCCUUAUGUCAAGAUAGCAUUGAUGCAAAACGGUAAACGCUUGAAGAAAAAGAAGACAAGUAUCAAAAAAUGCACCCUGAAUCCAUACUACAAUGAAUCGUUCUCAUUCGAAGUUCCAUUUGAACAAAUACAAAAAGUACAGCUUGUAGUUACUGUUGUUGAUUACGAUCGUAUUGGCACAUCUGAGCCUAUCGGCAAAGUCGUUUUAGGCUACAGUGCACAAGGCACUGAACUCCGCCACUGGUCUGAUAUGCUGGCAUCUCCACGUCGUCCAAUUGCGCAAUGGCACACACUCAAAGAUCCAGAAGAUGGCGAGAAGAAAGAUUAAGCUACUAACCGAGACUUCAUUGCUUAAAUGAAACUGUAAGCCAACAACUCAAUGUUUGCACACAUUUUCAAUGGCAAUUUGAAAAGAACAAAUAUUACUCAAAACCUCAGCAGUUGCAUUUGCCCAAAAUGUUUCAAAUUUUAAUCGUGAAUCCAUUGAAAGUUAUACCGUUCAACAACUUGAUCUUUUAUUUGCAACAUGGAAUCGACUGCAAACUUCAUCUAAUCAUAGAUAAGCUAAAAUAAAUAUUGAAUACAAAAUUGUACUCCCUUCAAAACUAGUUUAGCGUCUACAAGCUACAUAUUUGUUAUUAUUUACAUUUUAAUGGUUAUUUUUUAAUUAUAACUUUACAGAGAUUAGUUGGUUUUUUCAACAAUGUAUAUGCACAAUAAUUUAGCCGAAUCCCAAUCCUCAAGAUCAGUAGAAAGUUUUCCGACAUUCACAGUUACUAAAUCUAACCGCUAAAACAAAACAAAACAAAACAAAACAAAAAAGAACAUACUACGUGCAGAAGUAUAAAACAUGAAUGUAUAUAAUUAUUUAAUCCAUAUUUUACUGAACGUUGUUCGAAAUACAAAGAGCUCGAAAUACCAUUAAAAAUGAGUUAAUGAUAACAAAACCUGCAAUCUGUAUUUAAAUUGAAACAUUACGAUUACAUAGCAGCAAAACAUUCAAAUUUAAACACACUUAUUUACUUCAGCCCUACGCAAACACAUCCCUUGAACUUUCUGUCAACUUCAAAUCUUGUUACGAAUAUUGUGUGAGGUUAACUAUUCAAAGAAAAAUUGAUAAAAAAUACUCAUUGUUUUUAAUUCAUAAGAUAGAGAAACAUUCUGUUCAAUCUACACUUUCGGUGAAAUAUUUAAUUUCAAACUCACUCAAAUUCAUUUUACUGCAUUUUAAAAACACUACCGUUUUAAUUUGCUCGUGCAAAAUUGUUUGAUAUCCACAAAUUUCAGUAGAUAUCAGGACCAAAGGUUUCCUUUCAUUGAAAAUUUCGUUUAUGGUUUAUCGUUAAUAACCUUUCAUGUGCUUUAAAAUGAUCAUAAAUUACCAUCUACCAUCUUUUGUAUGCACUCUGUACGUGUACAUUUAAAAAAUGUUCCAUCGAUUUAUCGUUUGUUAAGACAACAAUAAAAUUGUCCCCAACAGGUCUACGUCUAGUAUGAUUCGAAAACAUUGACGAAUACUAUCACUUAUCAAACGUGAAAAGUACAGCGUAUAAAUCGUAAAUUGAAUCUGCAAAAUUCGAAAAAGAAUUUUAUUUAGAUGUGCUAUUGACGACUGAGAACGGCGAACAACCUAUUUAACAAUAAAAUUGCGAUUCCUGUUUUCAGUUCAAAAAAGAUUGACUAAUAAGUGCUAAUGACACUAUUGCGAAUAUUUGGUAAAAUUUACUGAUGGCACACAGAAAAUUGAAGUUAUUAUACAAGUGUGUUUUAUUGAAGAUCUCGUUUAUAUUGAAUACAAACUUCAACAGAACAUUGUUUUGAAGAAGAUACGUGACACUUGUAUAACGGCUUUGGGAAUUUUCACUGUGUGAAUUAAUGAAGGCAACCACCAUUACAGAGUACAGAUCAAUUUCAAAGUACAAUGUAUGUAGUGGCAGCCAUGAAUUAGACUAAUCAUCCAACGAUUUGUGAAAGAAAAAUUAUAUGAACAAUAAUAGUAUCUAAAAUUUAAAUAAAAAAAAACAAAUUAGGCACACAAAAUCACACCGAAACAAAUAAACAAGCAUUUUGAAUGUAUAAGAAUAACCGGUUGAAGAUGUUGAACGAAUCUUGAAAUGAAAAUUUUAUAAACUAUAGGCAUGACUUGAUGUUCUGAAAAACAGUAUUGAUACACCUGCACAUGUCCAAAGGAGAUAGUUAUUGCAGCUAUUCUCCUCCAUAUAGAAGCUAAUUAUGAAAAAAAUGAAGGACAGAAACAAAAAUAUUGAUUUUCUGUCAUACAAACAGGUAGGCCUGAGCUGAGAUGAAUUUGCUAGCUCAGGUGCAUGAAGCGUCAUUUUAACCAUAAAAGAACAGGCUCAAUAUUUGUCAAAAUUAUUUCGUUUGUAAAUCCUAAAAUCAAUUUCUGUGACCAAACGAAAUGAAUGUCGCUCUUACGAAAUUGGAGCAUUGAAUGCAUUGUUUCGUGUCUUCCUUUCGAAUGCAUUCAUUAUUCAAUCCAGCCCAUUCAUUAAAAUCGGUCUAAGAGUUUGUACGAUUGUAUAUGAUUUGUAUGAUUCAGCCACAUUUGCUUAUACUUGAAAUGAUGAAAAUAUCGAUAACAUUCUGUGCUUAAUGUAUUUUCAGAUAUUCAGCCCGAAUUCCCGAAAAAAAUAUUUAUCGGAAUGGCUGUAAAAAUCUGUUUAAAAAGUAAAAAAAUAUAUAAACGUGGCAAUAAUCUAUACAGAAAAGAGCACUACAAAUAAACUGAACAGUUGAAGCACAGUAAAUCAAUCACACACCACACACACACAUACACCACAUUUCUCAUAUCAUGAAAACAUAUAUAUGUAAAAUUUGAUUAUGUAAAUUAUAUUGCAGUUGAUGUAAACCGUCUUGAAAAUGGAUAAUCAAAGACACGUAUUAUAAGAAAAGAAAUCCUGCUAUAUGCAAUAUAGCACAAUGUUAGUGAGAAUAUGGACAAAAUAAUGAUUGCUUAAUCGUGGCACUUUGAUUCACUUUGUUUUGUUUGUUAGUUAGAUAAAAUCACCAAGAUGCUUUCGCAAAAUUUAUUCGUUCUCAUAAACAGCUCGGCCACCCAAAUCGUUGAAUGGCAUUAACCCUUAAAUUUUGAACAAUGCUGCUGAAUAUAUUCAAUGUUUUUUUUAAUGUAAAAUUGAAUUUGGCCAAAAACAAAUCGCACAGAAAAUCCACCAAACGGACAGUUAUGUAUUUGCACAGCAAUGUGCAUUUUCUCUUGUAUGAUUGGUCAUUUCAACGUUAUCGUCAAUCACAUAAAAAGUUCCAAAUACAAAUGAUACAAUGGAAAGCAGUUAGAUUCUAUUUCAUUUGUUAUUUAUUUGAUUUUUGAAGAGCUUGGGACUUCGGCAGUAUUGCCUAUACGUCUUAUAACUUCAUAAACAUCACAUGUAUUUAUUCAAUCUCUGGAGGAAACAAUUCAUGUGAAUAGGUAAGAAUAAUCUUGACCUGUCAAAUUGAGUAGAAAUAAAUGUGAAACAUAGAGUUUUUUUUUAUAUGGAGUUGUUGUCGUAAAGUCCAUAUAAAAAAAACUCUAUGUUUCACAUUUAUUUUCACUCAAUUUUGCAGGUCAAGAUUAUUCUUACUGAUUCAUAUAUCCAUUUCAACGAAUUUCAAACAUUCAAAUAAAAUAUACGUUUAAUGUGAAGCAAUAAAGAAAACCAGAACAAUAAUAAUCAUCAAAAAUGAUUCAAGCACGAAGCUUCUAUUUCACCUUUAAAUCUUAGUCUGUUUUUUUUCAUCUAAUUUCGGAAAUGAUCUGUUACUUAUUUAAAGCACUGGGCCUAAGGGUAGUGUGUAUCAAUAAAUACUAAACAAAAACAAAUUCAUGUAACCACAGAACGCUGUCAGAAAUGAACGUUUCCGCAUGAACAUUCGUUCUACUGCUCAAGGUGAAGUUAACUCCAAUUAUUCGAUUGAUGUCCAAUUGAAACUGCAUGUAUAUUUUACACUCAAAGUCUAGUAAACGGAAGAAUUUUUGAAGGUUCCCAUACAAAGUUUCUCAUUGAAGAAUAAAUAAACUACCGUUUUCAAUUUACGAGUUUUUCAUAAAAAAAUAUACUAAACUUUGAAAAAGAAUUAUAGCACCUAAACAAGAAAAAAAAACAUAUUAAAAUUUCAAAAUUUCAUAACGUUUUCUGACAUCAGAUCAUUCACAGCAUAGGGCAAUGAAGGAAAGCGUUUGAUUUGUUGUUUGACCUGCAAUUUGCAUUCCAAAGAAUUUCACCCAAUUCUUUGCUUCAAUAAUAGUGCUUCAGGGAAUAUUUCAUUUUCAAACGCUAACCCAAAUAGACACACAAAAUAUUAGCAUGACUAAUGCGAGAAAAUUUGUCAAUCAACUAACAAUUUGAACAAAGUAACGACGUUUUGACUCUAACAACAAAAAAUAGAUCAUAUAUAGAGAACAUAUAUUUUAAAUAAAUUAUAUUUCACAAAUUGUUGAGAGAAAGAAAAAAAGAAGAAACGAAGAUGGUGAAAACAAUAAAAUUUUAUUUAAAAAUGUUUAUAAUAUAAUAUGAAUUAUUAAUUUGUUAAAUUGUCUGUAGAUUGUUUAUCUAAAUAUGUGUAAACUAUUGACAAGAAAUUUGAAGAAGAAAGGGAGCCCAACCAAGAAAAGAAA